AAACCGGUUCAGUGACUCCUAAACACAGAGCACAGACCAUAUCUAUACAUAUAUGACGUAGCUUUUAACUGUCAUCGCGCAUCAUUAUCGCUAGUCUGCUGGCUUGUCUGUCACUAAACAUUCCAUCCGGUACUUGUUCGUACGUAUUCACAAAAUGUAUUGUAUAUUUGCAACUGUGGUGGCUCUCCUCUAUAUUUUUUGGGAUGUCAACUACUUCCUACGUAUAGCUUUCACUAUAGGAAUUGGAAGGCUAUUCCAGAAGAAGUGCGGUGUCCGUGACACAACCACAAUUUACGGUUUCUGCACCACGCAGGAUGUCGACAUCUUCCUGCGGCACAUGAAUAACGCGAGAUACGUCCGCGAGCUGGACUUCGCAAGGUUCCACUUCUACGAUCGCAGCGGCAUAUACAAGAACAUCGUUGCCGUCGAUGGUCACGCAUUACAAGGAGCUUCCAGCAUCAGAUACAGGAGGACAAUACCCAUUUUUACUCCAUACAAGAUUGAGACGAAGCUGGUUUACUGGGAAGAUAAGACGUUAUUCAUCGAGCAGAAGUUCAUCACGUUAAGCGAUGGCUUCGUACGUGCUGUUGUGCUAUCACGGCAAAACCUCAUCAACGUGGACUUGAACACUCUCUUCAAGGGACUCCCUGGAGCCGACCAGAAGCCAGAGUGCCCUGAAGAAGUCAAACAUUGGUUACAAUCUAUUGAGGUCUCGAGUGCCAAGUUAAGAAAGAAGAAUUAAUGUAUUUUUUAUAGAAAACUUUUUAAAUGGAAUUAAGGUGGCGGACUUAGGGUUGUCAGUAUUAAUCCUUCAAGGCCCGCGAAUCUAGACACAAAAGAUAAUCAAUUGUUAUGACAUUAAUGAAUGCCGUCUGGGACUCAAGCGGUUAAUUAUUAAAAUAAAUAAACAGCUCUUAAAACUUACCGCCACCAGAUGGUAAAAAGGACAAAACAACAUAAAUAUCGCAUUACACCGCUACAGCACUCGCUGUCACGGGCGCGGGCCAAGUUACUGUGUAAACAACCUGUACAUUAUGAACACAAAUAUGGGGUUUACUACAAGACUGAUGGCGUGAUUAACCAUAUUAUGAACUUUAAAACAUAAGGACUUGAAAAUGAUACAUAUUAUGUACUUAAUUUGCUAAUCUUAAAAGUACCUAGCUUACAAUGUUGUACCUUUAGAAAUAUAAUUGCUAAUUGGUGCGGAACGGAAGUGUUAUUUAUUUGAAUUACACUAUUAAU